UUGACGGUGGGACUUGGUGGAAAAGAAAGCCAAACCCUUAAACCCACAAGAAUACACAGUAGUUGUACAGCGGCAGCAACCACCAAACCCCAAAUCCAGAAAACACUAUAAACUGUGAUUGUAAAGAGAGAUGGAUCACAUAGCAGCAGCGGAGGAACGAAUUGUUACAGAGAGAUUGAGGCAGAAGCUUAACCAAGUUAAUUCUGCUGCUCAAUCACACCUCUCUUCCGUUCAAGACCAUGUCAAUUUUACUCUUCAGCAAGCGUAUUUUAAGUGUGCAUAUGAAUGCUUUGACAAAACCAAAAGUCAGGAAGACAUAGGAAGGUGCGUUGAAAAUUGCAGUGCUCCCGUUGUUGCGGCUCAGCGUCUUGUCGAAGACGAGAUGGCCAAGUUUCAGGAAAGGUUAAACAGGUCUCUGAUGGUCUGCCAAGACAAAUUUGAGUCCACCAAACUCCAAAAAAUCAAAACUGAUGCCACCAAUGAUUUAGAGUCAUGUGUAGACCAAUCGGUCCAAGAUAGUAUUAAUACGUUGCCUCAUCUUGUUCGACGAUUGAAGACUUCUCUUUCCAUCAAUGAGUAGAACUAUCAGUGACUUUUAAAGAUCAAGGUUUGAUUGAUGCAAGAGCCAUCUGCAAAGUUACUUUGAACUUCAUACUUUUGUUUUCAGUUGUUAAAUUGUUAGUUUUUGAUUCUGCCUCCUAUCUGGUGGCACUUAAUUUGAUAAGCUUCCUAAUCAUAAUGUGAAUGAUGUUAGGACGGAGAAUAUUUUUUCCAAUAACGCAUCUUUGCAGGAUAUUUGGAUGAUAUGUUCUAUUUUUUUAUUUGCUAAUUGAUAUGUACAUCAAUGUGAUUUGAUA